AUGGAGAGGAAGGGCUCGGCGGCCGGGGCUAAGGGGAACCCGAGUCCGCCCGUGGCCGGAGACGGGCAGCGGCCCCCGCCUCCGCUGUGCGCCCCGGGGGGCUGCGGCGGAGGGGCCCCAGCGCGGGGCCAGGCUGGGGCGGCGGCCGAGCCGGCCGAGCUCAUCCGGCGCGCGCACGAGUUCAAGAGCCAAGGGGCGCAGUGCUACAAGGACAAGAAAUUCCGCGAAGCCAUCGGCAAAUACCACCGGGCGUUGCUGGAGCUGAAAGGGCUGCUGCCGACCCCCGGGGAACGAGAGCGGGACUCGCGCACGGCAUCCCCGGCUGGGACCCCCAAGCCCUGUCGCCUGUCAGAGGAGCAGAGCAAGACGGUGGAGGCCAUCGAGGUCGACUGCUACAACAGCCUAGCAGCCUGCCUGCUCCAGGCUGAACUGGUAAACUAUGAGCGAGUCAAGGAGUAUUGCCUCAAGGUCCUGAAGAAGGAAGGCGAGAACUUCAAGGCCCUGUACCGGUCUGGUGUGGCGUUCUAUCACCUUGGAGAUUACGACAAGGCACUCUACUACCUGAGAGAAGCGAGGACCAGACAGCCAACAGACACCAAUGUGAUUCGGUAUAUCCAGCUGACGGAGAUGAAGCUCAGCAGGUGCUCCCAGAGAGAGAAAGAAGCCAUGUAACCAGGAGCCUUCUCCAGAGCUGUGCCCACGUGUGACCAGGGAUGUCCAGGCACCGCUUGUGGAGAGUUCCUCCCUGGGUCCAGCCUCCUGUCCUCACUUCUUCCAGCUCCUGUUGUCACCUGACUCUUCGUUGACACUCAGUGUGAAGAAAAGAAGAAAAGCACAUGUGGGAUCUGGUGGGGUGCCCCAGGAAAUGGAGACACCU